AUGGGAGUUCCAGAGAUCGAAAAGACUACGGUCGCCGACUCACCUCGGAGCAAGUCGCCAUCUUCCGUCGCCGCGCGAGAGGUCCAGCCAACUGUUGUUGAACUCGUGCAAGAAGAACCGAAGCUCACAUGGCGGUCAUAUGUCUGGGAUACAUUAGACAAGUCACCUGAAGAACGCAAGUUCAUGUUCAAACUGGAUGCUGUAAUUCUCACAUUUGCAAGUCUGGGAUACUUCAUCAAGAACCUUGAUCAGAUCAACAUCAACAAUGCCUUUGUGUCUGGCAUGAAAGAAGACAUGAAGCUCUUUGGUAACGAGCUCAAUUACAUGCAAGCCUGCUGGACCGUUGGAUAUGUCAUUGGCGAAAUCCCGAGCAACAUCCUUCUCACUCGCGUCCGGCCAUCAAUCUGGAUCCCUGCCUGCGAAUGCACAUGGGCUGUCCUAACAAUUCUCAUGAUCAAAUGCACAAAUGUCACCCAGCUUUACGUUCUCCGGUUCUUCAUCGGUCUCGCCGAGAGUACAUUCUACCCAGGCAUGCAGUACAUCAUCGGAUGCUGGUACAGAAAAGACGAACUUGCCAAGCGAUCCUGCCUUUUCCACUCCGCAGGCUCCAUCGGCUCCAUGUUCUCGGGCUACCUCAUGGCUGCCGUCUACAACCUCAGCGGCGUUCAUGGAUGGAAGGGCUGGCAGUGGCUCUUCAUCGUCGAUACCGUCAUUUCCCUGCCGAUUGCGAUUGCCGGGUUCUUCUUCCUGCCCGACGUGCCUGAGAUCACAAAAGCCUGGUGGUUGACCAAAGAUGAUGUGGCGCUCGCGCAAAAACGAAUGCAGCUUGAAGGUAGAGCGAAUCGUCAGCCGUUCACAAAGGCCAAAAUUAAGAAGAUUUUCACCAGUUGGCAUAUUUACGCCCUUACAGCGCUUUAUAUCUUCUUCAACAAUGGAUGCGGAAUUAUGAGUCAGCCUGCGUUCCAGUUGUGGUUGAAGGGAGAGGGAUAUUCUGUCAAGGAGUAUAACACAUAUCCGACAAUUACAUCCGCCAUCACCGUGAUAACGACGUGGAUAUACGCCUGGUCUUCGGACUCGGUUUUCAAGGGCGAGAGAUGGCCACCGAUAGUCUUCUCCGGAACACUCAACAUCGUCAUCUACUCAAGUUUAGCGGCAUGGAACAUUUCCGACUCAUGGAAAUGGGGCUGUUUCCUUCUCGUUGGAUUCGGUGGUGGCAUCAGCGGGUUGACGUUCGCAUGGGCCCAUGAGAUUUGCAAAGACGAUAACGAAGAGCGAGCGCUCGUAACUGGCUCGAUGAAUCAGAUGGCGUACGUUUUCCAGGCAUGGUUGCCGCUGCUUAUUUGGCAGCAAGUCGAGGCUCCGCGGUACCCGAAGGGUUAUAUCACGAUGAUCUUUUUUGCUGUUGGUAUGGCGGGCACUUCGUUGUUGAUCAGGUUCUUGCACCGUCGGGAACUGGGGAAGAAGCUCUCGGUGCCGGCUGCUUAA